AUGUCAAAACUUCUCUCUAAAUCUGCCGUCCGUGCGGCCUCUACCUCGGCCCAGACCACUAAGGCCGCUGGUGAUAUCUCAUCAGUCUUUCCUAAGCUAAAGGAAAAGUUCUUCAACGAGAACAGGGAGGCCCUGACAAGGAGUUGGGAGCGUCUGCUACCUAGCCUGGAUACCGAAGUGCAGAAGAUCAGAGCACAGGGCAGCGAUAUCAUUCCCUCUGUUAACUACUCCGAAAUUGUGUCUGGUCAAGUUUCUGAAGCCACAUUAAAAGAGAUCCGCCACCGAGGCAGUGUGGUCGUCCGCAAUGUGCUCCCUCAGGACCAAGCCCUAGAAUACAAGCAGCGGAUCCGCGACUAUGUGGCCGCCAACAAGGAGCGCGUCAAGGCUUUCCCAGCCGACUCUCCAGCCGUUUAUGAAUUGUACUGGACUCCAUCGCAGGCUGAAGCCCGUGCUCACCCUAACAUGCUGAACACCCAGCGCUUCACGCAACAACUGUGGCACUCCUCUGACCCCGAUAGCAAGAUUUCCACCACAAACCCUCUCACUUACGGAGACCGUCUCCGGAUCCGCGAUCCGGGUGACUCAAAAUUCACCCUGGGCCCCCACAUCGACGGUGGCUCUCUCGAGCGCUGGGAAGACCCAGAGUACAGCCGAGUCUACACUAAGGUCCUUGAAGGAAACUGGGAGCAAUACGACGCAUGGGAUGCCCGCCACCGCCUCAACGCCCAGAUGGAUCUAUACAACGGUGCAGGCGCCUGCUCUAUGCUGCGCUUCUUCCAGGCCUGGCUGUCUAUGUCUCACACCAAGCCGGGUGAAGGCUCGCUGCACGUGUGCCCUAUGAUCAACCACAGCACCGCCUACACGAUCCUGCGUCCAUUCUUCGAAGGUAACAGCUCGAAGCCUCUGCUUGAUAACACAUUCCCUGGCUCUGUGCCUGGUGCCGCCCAGGAGUACAACCCUGUCACACACCCUCACCUCGACCUCGAGGAGACUAUGGUCCCUGUGCCCGAGGUCCAGCCUGGUGACUUUGUCGCCUGGCACUGCGAUGCUCUGCACUCCGUCGACAAGGAGCACCGUGGUUCCAAGGACUCCAGUGUCAUGUACAUCCCCGCCACCCCGCUGUGCGAUAUGAACAUCCAGUAUCUGCUUAAGCAGCGCCAGGCUGCGGAGAGCCUUUCUCCUCCGUGGGACUUCCCCGGUGCUGGUGGUCCUGGCGAGGCUGGCUUCAAGGGUGCUGUUGACUGGUCUUCGCUUAACCCCGAGGGUCAGCGUGCCAUGGGUAUGGGCAACACUCCUUGGGAAAUCACCGAUGCCAUGAGCGAGGGUGAGAAGGAAGCCAUCCGGUCGGCCAACAAGGCUUGCUUUGGCCUGUAA